UGUGUCCGGGUCAAAUUUCUUCGCAAAAAUUUUCACUGCAAAAUAAUCUCUCCUAUGGCUUCGUCCUAAAUAAAACGUGAAUUUUUUGUCCCCUUUUUUUAUCCCUUUCCUCUUCCACUCCCUCGUCGGCCAUGGCGGCCUCCUCGCUCUCCUUCCUCACCGUGGCGCACCACCCUAUCUUCCCCCUCAACCCCGGCCGCCUCCGCCGUCCUCACCCCGCGACACCCACUCCCAAACCCCUCUCCGCUGCCAUCCGCUGCUCCGCGACGGCGCCACCAGCGGCAGCGAGAGCGAGGCCCAUCCCGCCGCCGAAGCUGGUCCGCUGCCCGGCGCUGGACCGCCACGCGUCCCGGGCCAGCCGCCUCCGCUUCGCCCGAAAGCUCCUCACCCUGCUCCUCUCCAAGCCGCGCCGCUUCCUCCCGCUCCGCGUGCUCCGCCGCUGCCGCCGCUUCCUCGGCGUCCCGCGCGACCGUCCACUCGUGCCCUUCGUGCUCCGCUACCCGGCCAUCUUCCGCCUCUUCCACGCCCCCGUCUCCUUCCCGCUCUCCCCGUCCCUCUCCACCCUCGCCGUCGCGCUCACCCCGGCCGCCCACGCCCUCGCCGACGACCUCGCCGCGCUGCGCGGGUCCGAACUCGCGCCCGGGCUCGCCGCCAAGUUCCACCGCCUCCUCCUCAUGACCCCCCGCCAUAGCCUCCUGGUGUCCAAGCUCGCUCACCUCGCCCCCGACCUCGGCCUCGCCAUGGACUUCCGCGCCACGCUCUGCCCUAACCACCCGGACCUCUUCACCUUCGCGCACACCUCCCAUGGCCACGCGCUCCGGCUGGUCGACGACCCCACGCCGCCGCCGUCACCUUCGCCGCUCCCUCCGCCUGUCCGCUCCGCGGACCGCCUCAUCGACCGGCCAAGGAGGUUCCCGCACCUCCCGCUCCGCCGUGGCCUCAACCUCCGCCGCGCGCACCGGGACUACCUCCUGCGGUUCCACAGCCUGCCCGAGGUGUCGCCUUUCGAGCCGCUGGAGGAAGGCGCGAGCGCGGAGAUGGCCGAGCGGCGGGCGUGCGCCGUGGUCCGGGAAGUGCUGGCGAUGACGGUGGAGAAGCGGACGCUGGUGGACCACCUCACGCACUUCCGCAGGGACUUCGGGCUGCCCAACCGGCUGCGUGCCAUGCUGGUGCGCCACCCGGAGAUGUUCUACGUGAGCAUCAAGGGCGUGCGGCAUUCGGUGUUCCUUGUGGAGGCGUUCGACGAUGAUGGGAGGCUCCUAGUGGAGGAUGAGAUGCUGGUUGGGAGGGACCGGCUGGAGGAGCUUGUCCGGGAGGGGAAGCGGAUCAGGCGGGCGCGGAAGAAGGGUGAUUUGGCAGUUGAUGGUGACAGUGAUGAGGAUGAGGUGGAAGAUGAUAAUGUAGUGGACGAUUCAUUAGGGGCGGAUGGUGAAUUUGGGGACUUGUUUGAAGCUGGUGUCGCCGGCGAUGACUGGAAUGAGGUGGGUGGAAUCGAGGGGGACAACGAAGGCGAUGCUGAAUCGGAUGCGAUGGAGGAGUUUUGGGUGAAGAAAGCUGUGGCAGAGGGGCUGGUUGACAGUGGCAGCGAGCAUGAUGUUUGGUGAGGAGUGUUGAGCUGCAAGGAUUUUGCCCAGACUGUUAAUGAGGAUCACGAAUUGCUGAAAUGCACUCUUCUCACCAAUUCACAGUAGCCAGAUUUCCAUAGUAUUGCUAUAACUUGGGAGCUUUGGUUAUGAAGGUGAAUGGUAGUUCAAAUAUUAUGGCCCAUUUGAGGUGAGUUUCCACUUUCCUCCAUCCAUGGAGGCAGCCCCCACUAGUGUCAACAAUAUCUGAGCUUUCAUCAACACAGACAAUACCAUCAACAAGGAUGCCGAGAGCAAUGCCUGCGAUGACUACUCCCCGAGCCAUGGCAUGUAGAAUCUCCACUCAAUAUUGCAUCUGUGCUAUUUCUGGAGUACCAAAAUGACGACCAGUAUUGGAUGCUAAACCAGCACUCUGGGACCGGAGGAUUGCUGCUCUUGAAAGCCUUCAUUCCUGUGUUCCUUAUACCAGGUCCAGGAAUAGGCUAGUCAACAUACGAUAUAAUGUGUGCAUUUUGCAAAAUUAUCAUGCAGAUAUAUAAUGAUGUCUGAACUGUAUGUAUACAUCAAUUUAUUUUCUACAGUUAAUAGAUGGUCAUAUCUCUGCAUGGAUUUCUACAAGUGUAUAUGUUAUGGCAUGAUGUACAUCUAUGAUUUUUUUUAACUUCUUAAAAUGCACAAUUGCAUUUCACGUUG